UUCCCCCGCAUCAUCCCAGCAGCCUCAGCGAAACCGACGCUGCGCGCGUGCGUCGUCGCGUGAACCGUCCACCGACAGAAACACGACGGAACCGACAGUCCGACGACUGACGCGUGUCCCGGGACAGUGGACACACGAGGGGACCGGGACCGGGACCGGAAGGAGACGGCUCGACGUCCGGAGCCGCAGAGCGACAGGUGAACCGGCGCCAGAGACCCGGAUAUUAUCAAGUUCCAGUGACUGGACGUGGACACACGGGACCCCCGCCCCCUCCGUCCGGCUGCAGCCCGCCCCGUGGCCCGGCAUGGCCUCGGCCCGGUUGGAGUCCAGCGUCCUGCAGGAGGAGCUCACGUGUCCCGUGUGCCUCGACCUGUUCCGCGACCCCUACCUGCUGCCCUGCGGCCACAACUUCUGCAAGAGCUGCCUGGAUCACCUGCGGCGGCAGUCGGAGCGAGGCCGCCUCCGCUGCCCCGAGUGCCGCGACAGCCACCGCUGCGGCGCGCACUUCCAGAAGAACUUCAAGCUGGCCAACAUCGCAGACGACUACCGUCACCGGCGCCGAGCGACCGCCGCGGCCACGGCGGGUCUGAAAUCCAGAGAGCUGCUGUCGUCGUCGCAGCAGGUCAGGAGUGCGUGCGUCGUUCUGUGUGACUACUGCCCCUCGGCCGUCGCCUCGGCCGUCAGCGGCGCCGGCGACAACGACGCGUCCUCUGCCGCGUCUGUUUCUCACGAUGGAGGCGCCGCCGCCGCUGAGUCGAGGUUUGCAGUGAAGACGUGCCUGAAGUGCGAGGUGUCCAUGUGCCAGGAGCACGUGAAGCCACAUCUGGAGCUGCCAGCGUUCUGUGAGCAUCCGCUGACGGAACCCAUCGACGACUUCUGGAAGAGGAAGUGUCCGGCGCACGACGAGAUAUACAGAUAUUACUGCCUGGACGACAAAGUGUGCGUGUGCAACGCCUGCACCAUCGAAGGAGAACACUCGGGACACACGAUGAAGACACUGAAGAACACCAUGAAGGACCUCAAGGGAACGCUGGACAAGCAGCUGUACAGGGUCGACAGGAAGUUCAGUCUGGCUGAGAAGAAACUGCAGGAGCAGAAAGAGAAGGAGCGACAGAACAAGCGGUUCAUGGACGACUCGGAGCAGUGCCUGGACCGGCUGGGCGAGGAGAUGAAGGCCAAGGUGCUCAGCUUCGUCGGCCGUCUGAGGGAAUGUACUCGCACCCACUGCGACACCAACGGCCUGGCGAUCCAGAAGAAUAUCUGCCGAAUCUCCCAGGACCAGGCCCGACUGCAGGAGGCCCGCUGCGGCAUCCAGAGCCUGAUGCAGGAGGACGACCCGUUCCGCUUCAUCCAGUCGUACAAGACGACGGGAAAACAGUGCCGUCGGCAGCUGAGGAAAAACAUGUUCUACCCAGAAUACGUGGACAUGGAGACGGAGGUUCUCGUGACUAUGAUGGAAGAAGAAAUGAGGAAAUUCCUGGACGAGGAGUUACCGUGUCACGUUAUCGCCGCCUUCCAUUCCCUGUGUAAGGAACUUACACGUAAUCCUCUUCAAAUAUAUAAUAUACAAACACACACAUACACACACACACAUAUAUAUGAGAUGUUUAAACAUGUGGUCAGGUUGCAUUUCAGAUCUGGACGAGGAGGAGCAGGACGAGAACGGGGAAGAGGCUGCAGAGGAAGACAACGACGAGGAGGAGGAGGACGACCUCAGCGACAGCAGCGAGGAAGACAUGAGGAGCGAGGUGGAGUUGGAGGAAGACGAGGAGGAGGAGGAAGAGGAGGAGGAGGAGGAGGAAGGACACGACCGGAGUGAGCUGCCAGAUGAUCUUUACAGCCCUGAAGAGGAAGAGGAGGAGGAGGAGGAGAGUGAAGAGGAGGACGACGACGAUGAUGAGGAAGAGGAGGUUGAGGAAGUGAGAGAAGUUUAAUAACAGAAGACGUGAUUUUUACAUUGGUUGACAAUAUUUUUACACCUUUGAUACUCGGGUUCGGGUGAGAGUGGGACAUGUCUUCUCUGUGAAUGGCCCACACACACACACACACACACACACACACACACACACACCAGCUGCUAACAGAAGCUAAAGCUAAUCCCUGGUCUCAUAGCGCAUGACUUCACGGAGGUGCUUUACAUGAGCAGAUAUUAAUGUACUCAGACGAAUGUGAAUGUAAAACGUCUUUCACGUCUUUGAUGCCAGAUUUUCCAUCACUGACGGGUUUUUGAUUUGAUAUGUUCUGGAGAAUUUUCCCCUGAAGUUUUGAUUGAAUAACAAGCUUAUAUAUUUAUUUUACAAUUUAGCAGGUAUUGAUUUUAAACUUUCCCAGUUUUCCGUCACCAUGAAAAGCCUUUUUUCAUCAGACUCAAAGUUUUGACCUCAAAGAUUUAAAGUGAAACUAAAACACUGACAGACGAGUCUGAUGGACGAGUGACUGAGGCUCUGUUCUUUUGAAAAGUUUGUUUGCAUGAAAAUAUAGAGAAAAGAAAUGCCGUGUGUUAAUAUCAGUUUACCUCAGUUUGCUUUUCAUAAUUCAUCGCGCUUUGAAAAAGCAGUGAAUGCAUUGUUUAAAGAAAUAUUCAGUAUUCCUAUGCACUCUUGGUAUAUUAUUCUUACAGUGUGUCAGUUUCAGGUGAUGUGGAGUUUUGCACUUUACGAUGAAAAAAACAACCUGCUACUGAAUGUUCUGCCUGAAAAUGUUGAAUGUUGAUUUUUAGUUUUUGCUCUGAGGGAUUUUGUGAUCAGCCAAACUAAAGAAGAAUGAAAACAUAAAUGUGUUGAAAUGA